AUGGGGAAAACUGAAAAAACUGACCCACCAAACAUGGUUAAAAUAUAUAAAUGUCUCGUAGUUCCUCAUCUUGAAUAUGCAGCACAUGUAUGGCAAAUAGCAGACUGUAAACCAUUAGAUAGUAUCCAAAGGAAAAUACUAGCUGCAUGUCUUGGCAUACCAGCCUGUGGUGGCAUAGAAGCCCUUGAAGUAGAGUCAAAUACACUCCCGCUAGACCUCAGACGUGAAGAACUGUCUAUAAGAGAACUGGCCCGACUACUCAUGAGACACGAAACCGAGCCCAUCAAGCAAACCAUAAUACAUUGGCUAGAGACAACAAAAGUGACACCAGAAAGGUACUUAUCUCCCUUAGGAAAGAUGUUCAUUCAAGUAAAUGACAUGGAAAACAACACAAGUACAAACUACCACAUUCUUGAACAUCAGCUAACCUACCUAGAGUACAUGCAACCAACACGGCGACCACCAGAAUAUUGGAGCACCCUAGGUUCAUCCAAAAAUAGAUCUGCACUCCAAAUACAAGAAUCAAAAGAAAUAAUCAGAAACCAGAUACACGACAGCGACAUCCACACCUUACUAGCAUUCACUGAUGGCAUCAAAACAGACAUCGCAUGGACACCUGGUCAUGCAAACAUCUUUGGGAAUGAAAUAGCUGACCGUCUUGCAAAGGAAGCUGCAAGUGAAGCUGAGACAAUGGGCGAGUCUAAUAUCCCAACUACCUUGCAAGACAUAAAGAAAGCAGCAAAGAAGUCAUGUGAGAUGAAAUGGCAAAACAGAUGGCAACUAACAGACACCGGAAGGCAUCUUCACCAAUGCCUGAUGUUGGGCUUAACCUCAAGGUCCCCACAAACACCAGCAUCGAAGUACAAUGCCAGCAUGUCAUCCAUCAAUUGA